AUGAACGAACACCAGGACAUUGGGUCUAUGAUGCAGGCGGGCUACUUUGUGUCUUCGCGAUCCAAGCACACCCAUUCUCCAUCUCGAUCGUUGACCCCUCCAUUAUCGCCAAGGCUGUCACGUUCCCCCCAGCGCGACUAUCGACGUACAGAGUUACCAGCGUACAGAACGUCACAGAUCCGACCCCCACCACCCUCCGUUGAGGAUGAGGUAGACUCGUUAGCCCGCGAAUAUGGCUCUGUGAGUCUUUCCUCCAACCCUAAGGAAGAGCCAGUAUCUCGAGGCGAUGUGGAACAAUACCCCGUAAUACUCGAAGUCCACGAACACAACCCGGAACGGCGUUUCGUCAUCGUUCCCAACUCUAGCUCUGUAUCUGAUUCUAAGAAGUCGGAGGGAGACAGUUCAGACCACGAGCGACAAGGAAAGGAUAGCUCGGGCGAAUGGUCUUGUGAUGAGGCAAGCUCCACACAUAAACAUGGCCCUGAACGCAGUGAAAGACGUCGAGAGAAGAAUGAAAGCAUCGACACUGGAAGGCGAGCUAAAUCGAGACCACGCGUGCCAGAUCCAGAACCUCGGCAAAGACGAGAUCCUGAAACAAUUCGAACGUCUCCAACCGCCAGGCAGGAGAGAUUCGAUCCCCGCGUGCCAGAUUCAGAACCUAGGCAAAGACGAGAUCCUGAAACAAUUCGAACGUCUCCUACCAGGCAGGAGAGAUUCGAUCCACGCGAUCGCCAAGAGCACCCACCUCCAGUGGACAGCACCAGAAAUGGUCAAAGAGGACGAGACUUUGCCGAUUCUGGCCUUGGAAUCUCGACAUCCAGUCCCAACAAGACAAGGCCUAGACGAAAUUCAAGUGUAAUAGAUGAUCGCCGCCGCGAAAGAAGGGGGCGAAGAGACAGCAUCAGCCCUUCAAGAGGCAGCCGCCCUAUCUUGCAUAUUGACCCAAGAAGCUCGGACAGCCGCUUGUCAAAUGAACCCGAUGGCCCUCGUUAUAGAGGCGAGCCUCAAUCAGCCCGGUUCCCGCCAUCUGCUUACAAACGAAGCGACAUGGAGUCGAGGUCUGCAGACCCCCCCAGACGGCGGGAUGACAGCAGCCGGGUCGAAGGAGAACCCAGACCUAAGCCUAAGGAAAGCACAGCGCGUGGGGAUGACACUCGAUCUAGCGACGAACACGGAGUUCCAACAUCGCGGCGCCAUCGACGGGAUUCUUCCUCAGUACCACCUCAAGACAUAGAAUCGACGCUUGGCCCCGAACAGCCACCCAGGGACUGGGAUCGAUCUCGCUCUCGCGGACCUCCGGUACCUCCGCAUAUUGUUCCAAUUUCUCCAGAGAUCCUCACGAAUUUCGCCCCCAAGCCUUCAUCUACAUUCCCCAUCACAAAAGAUGAGCGGGCCCUACCAUACCCAGAUGAUGACGAUACGAUGAUGAAUCCCCAGAUCCCUCAAAGCGCCAUAGAGCCAAGAGCGCAUGCCAUUCCACCAAUAUCUAUGCCAGAAUUCCCACCUGUGGUGUCAAUGCCCGAAGAACCAAGCUUUGAAAAGCCAAGUCUCGAUAAGCCAAAAGCAGUUUCACCAGCAAAUCCGUCUUCAUCGUGGCAGGUACCUGCGUUUGACCCGGAACGAGACCGCCAUCCAGCUGAAUCAGAUAUGGGAUCGUACCGGCGAUAUUCUGAAGGUCGGACAGGCGAUAAAGUUCCCUCACUGCUCCCAGAAUGUCCCCGCAAGAAACCUAAAGCAGGGAAAACGGACUGGCUUACUCUGCCUCGUUCCAACUUCAAUUGCUGUCCGAGCUGUUACGAAGGCGUCUUUGCCAAUACGGAGUGUCGAACACUUUUCCAGCCAAUGCUUCGCCCCACGGAUAAAGCGAUUUCUUGUGACUUUGGCUCAAGCCCGUGGUAUCGAAUCGCCUGGCUCCUCACGCUGAAAUAUGGCUGGCCAGACUUGCAACUUUUCCACGAGAUUGACGACGUGGCAGUCUCUCGCAGCCAAGCCUGCCCCGGAGAUCGAAAAGCUUUACGAAACUGGCUCACAAUCAGAGACCCAAAGAAGAGGCGACUGCUGUCGAACUUCACGGUCUGCUAUCAAUGUGCUAAGACUGUCGAAGUACUUCUUCCGAAUCUCAGUAAUGUUUUUGUGCCGGUGGACUCGCGGUCGGAGCCUUCCUAUGGAGUUUGUGCUCUCCGUUACACGCCUCGGCGGAAACGGUUCGCACAUUACUUCGAUACCUUCGAGACAACGUCGGAUAAGGCACUAAAAGCUAAAACAACUCCAGAUCUCUCGUCGCUUGCAUCAAAGAUUGAGCGACUAUCCAUGGUGGAAGAGUGUCGAGAGGACAGCCCAGUCCCCAAUGCGUAUUGGCAUUUUAUGCAAUUCUUGCCACAGUUCACAGUAUGUUUGGAGUGUUUUGAUGAGGUAGUCCGGCCACAACUCAGCGACGACAACAUCAUUGCCAGGAAUUUUUAUCGAGAGCCAGAAAAACUCGAGGUGGCUACAUGCCAAUUAUACUCGGAAAGGAUGAGAGAGGUUUUUCGGAAAGCCUGUCGACGAAAUGAUCCCAAAUACUUAGAGGCGAAAGUACUUGAAAGACAGGAAGUGGAAGCAGAUAUUCACGGCCAGCUCAUGGAACUAGAUCGGUCCGGCCACUAUGAUGACUAUGUACAGGAAAAGGUAGACCGAUUGAUUCGGGAAUGGAGCAAGUGGGAAUAG